AUGACGGGCAGGACUGAUCUCCACAUCUGCCAAGGGAGAGUCACCGCUGUCUACUACCGUGACCACAUCAUCACGCCACACGUCCUGCCGUGUGCACCCCGCCACGGGCAAGGUUUUAUUUUCCAGGAUGAUAACGCCAGGGCUCACCGUGCUCGCGUUGUCAUUGAUCAUCUCUGGCAGAACCAAAUCCAAACUCUUCCAUGGCCAGCGAUGUCCCCCGAUCUCUCACCCAUUGAACAUCUGUGGGAUAUGCUCGUACGACGAGUGGAGGGGCGGCACCCUCAUGUCGAGAUUUGGCAGAACUGGGCGUGGCACUUCAAGAGGAAUGGCAGAGGAUUCCUCAAGUUGACAUUGGUCACCUCAUUAGGAGUAUGA